CAUGACAGCAGUUUACUGUCGACCAGUCAAGCACCAUUAGUUUCAUUUCGAUCGUGUAAACAAAUGAAAUAGCACACUCAGACUCUCUCAGUGAUAGUGCAUUCACAAUUAUAUCUAUAUAGACUAAUAUAGAGUAGAUGUAUGUAGAUCUAGAUCUACUUUAAAUCUAGAUAUAGAUCUAUAUUCUAAAUGUUUGUAUCAAGAUACAGAGUUGUUCACGGAAAGGAUUUACGAUACUCAAAUGACAUGUCAGAUAGGAGAGUCAGGGGAAGUGACAGUAUUGUUGCCAGCAAUAUACAUACAAUCACAGCUCAUGAAGGUGACGUGACAGCCGUUGCAUUUUCUAAUACUGUUCUAGCAACAUGUUCAUCUGACAAAACAGUCAGGUUAUGGAGUAAUACCGAUUUUCUAGAGUUGCCUUCUUCACCUUUGUUGGGACACAAAUAUUUGAUUCAUUGCUGUGAGUUUUCUCCCCUUGGUUUCACCUUAGCUACAUGUUCCCAGGAUGGAACUCUAAGGAUUUGGGAUAUUAAGACAGGGGAAUGUGUCUUGUGUGCAUCUCACCCCAGCAAGUGUGCAAUCAGAGUGUGCAGGUUCUCAUCAGACGGAGCUAAACUUGUCACUGGUGGAGAUGAUGAAACAGUUUGUUUAUGGAAUGUAGCUGAGAAAAGGAUAAUUAGAUCAUUCAAAGGACAUGAUGAAAGUGUAACCUCCACAGCUUUCUCUCCAGAUGAUAGUUAUAUAGUGUCCUGUAGUUCAGGGGGAGAUCUUGGUGGUGACAUGUUGGUUUGGGAUGCCAGUUUUGGACAUGGGAAGUUCUUGACCAGAGUUCAUGACUGUCAUGAUUUAGGUGUUACAUGUUGUUCAUUUUCACCUAGAUGUGGUAUGCCAGACUCUCAUUCAGAUUCUUUGAAGAAAUAUCUUAUAGCCACUUGUGGCAAUGAUAACCUGGUCAAACUUUGGAAUUUGGUAGCAGAAGUGGGCUCAAUCAAUGUGACAGUGAAGUUGGAGACAAUGCUGCCUGGCCACAAAGAUUCUGUUUUAUGGCUUUGUUUUUCUCCUGAUGGGAAUCACAUCGCUUCAUGCUCCCUGGACAAGACAGUGCGCUUGUGGAAUGUGAUGACUCAGCAAGCUAUUAUUAGCAUUGAUGAACAUUUAAGUUAUGUGUCAUUCUGUGCCUUCUCAAAAGAUAGCAAGUAUCUGGCUACAGCUUCUAAUGACAGAACUGUUAAAGUAUGGAAGCUGAGUGAUACAUCAGUUAUUAUGGCAAACCUGAGUGGCUAUGAAGAAGGAGGAAUAACUCCAGGAUAUCCAUCUAAUGAAAGUUCUCAAAUUCCUAAUGAGGCUUGGUCUAUAGAAGAAGUUUGUCAAUGGUUGUCUUCUCUUGGACUUGGAGUAUAUGAGGAAACAUUUCGUAAGAAUGCCAUUGAUGGGAAAGAACUCAAUGGCCUCACUGCCCAUGAUUUGGAAACAGUGCUUGGAGUGGCUCCUCUGGGUCACAGAAGUAAGAUUUUGAGAAACAGAAAUUUAAUUCCAGAAAGAUCUUCCUGUAUUAACAAGAUUGGAGAGCCUAGCACUACACCUGAAGAAUUCUUAUGCCCCAUUACCCAUGAAAUCAUGAAGGAGCCAGUCAUUGCAUCAGAUGGGUAUACUUAUGACAAGCUAGCUAUGUUGAGUUGGUUAGAGAAAGAACAACGCAGCCCUAUGACCAACAUGAAUCUUACCUCUGCAGAACUUGUGCCUAAUCGCACUUUAAAAAUGAUGAUCCAGAAAUUCUUACAAAACAACUAACAAAUCUUCCCUACACAGUGCAUCUCACAAGACCAGUACACAAACAAAAAGUCAAUUCUACAAGCUCUAUAUUUUUAACACUUUGUCUCAACUCCUCAUUGCUAUUCAUUUUUAUGUACAUAAAAACACAACAAUAAGGCCUUAAAAAAAAAACAAUUAUAAAUAUAUAUAAUUAUAUUAGGUUCCUUUUCUGAAUAGAAACCAACAAUUCAAAGAUAUGUUCAAAUAGUAAAAAACUGACGAGAUAAAAGUACAGUUGAGUUUUUCCUAAGGUGCCCAGCAAUAUGAAUAAAUCUACAGUACUCCAACAUUUUUGUUGUUGUUUAUAAGCCAAGAUAAAGGCUUUGAAAGAAUAAUUUAUAAAUUUUUUACUUCUGCAAGUGUCUAUACAAUGCAGGGUUAGUAAAUAACCUUCAUUAUAACCUCUAUUUGUAUGCAUUCAAUGAGGAUAGUCUGUAUGUAAUUAUUAUUACAUGAAGAUUUGUAAGGAACUAAAAAUCCUAACCAAGGGAUAGAAAUAGCACUUUUUUGUGUGUGUGGGGGGGGGGGGGGAGAAUUGUACUUUUUUUUUUUAAGUUUUUAAAAAUGUGCAUUUCUUUGGCACUUUGGUGAGGCAAAGAGCAGGCUAUAUUUUUAAAAUGCAAAAAAGACUGCGUUUCAAAAGUAAUUUUUGAUGCAGUUUUUCAACAAUUCCCAAAACAUUUCCUUUAGUUUUAAAACCAUAAUUGUCAUAAAUGUACAUUUUUACAUGUUGUAUACAGAUUCCUUGAAUUCUCCAACAUUCCUAUUUAUUUAAGUGGCCUUUCAUAUAAAUUCCCAAUACAUUUGUAGAGACUACUAGCUGUGUUCAAUAGUUGACACAUUGUACUCCCUUACUUCCCAGUUGGAUAUACAUCUAUAACCAUCAUCAUAAUCAGACUUCUUCUAGAUGAUAGGUCAAAAGUUUUGGGAAAAACUGGUCUACUGCAAUGUUAUUACAUUUGCUUUUCCCCCACCUGUACGCUGACUUUUUCAUACUUGCUAUAUUUGACCCAUUCUUUGAUAACCACAUUGGCUGAAUCCUGGGGUUUUUAAUUUCAGAAUCUUUUGGAUGCCUCAGAGUCCACUGAGAACAUAUACAUUAGUCAGUUAUUGCACUUGUGAAUAUAGUCUACUGCAAUGUUUCCUAAAGUGACUUAAACGUGUACCCCCAGAAGACUUUGGAGGGGGUACGCAUUGCACCUCAAUAACUAUGCUGAAAUACUGUUUUUUUAUGUUCUGUAAAUAAAUUAGUAAUAAGUUUUAAUUCAAAUUUUUAAAAAAAAUAUCAUUUGAUUUUAUAUUUCUAUAAACUCAUAAUCAGUGUUAUUAAACAUCUUAAAAAUGUAUUUCUCAAAUCUCUGUUAAUAAAUAGAGAUCUUUUUUGAAUGUCAAAAAGAUUAUAUUCUAUAAUUGUUUGUGCACUUUUGAAUGGUGCAACUCACAAACAGAAUUCUUUAUUGUAAGAUUUAUAGUUUUUGAUGUUCCAAUAAAAAUGACAUUAGAGUAUUGCUUUGAAUCUUCGCCAUGUGAAGUGAAAAGACAUUCAUUAGUGUCUUAAAAUACUCAUUUUAACUCUCUGGUUUCUGAAACAUGUCUAUCCGGUUUUAACAGAAAACUUUCUGAACAUCUUGUGUUUUCCAACUUCAUAUGUGAAGUUGCUUUUUCCAUAUUUGUAGAAAUUAAGUAGAGAGAAAAGGAACAGAAUAUAGGAUGAGGAACAGCAUCUCAGAUUAAAAAUAAUAACCAAGGAACCAUGUUACAUGAUCUGUCAUCUCAGCACAUAGAUGCAAGUACAUGGAGAGGGUGGACUCAGUGUUUCAAAAAUUUUAAAAGGGGUACACAUAGGUCAAAAGUUUUGGGAAAAACUGGUCUACUGCAAUGUUAUUACAUUUGUUAAAUCUUAGAGUAUUUUUUUAUAAGUAUGUGUCAAUGAUUUUGAAAUAAUUCAGGGUAUGCUCUACCAGCUUUAGUAGUUCAACUACCAUUAACCCUUGUUCAGCUGUAUGACAUCUUGAAAUAUUAGGUGAGUUUGACCCAUUACUUUUGUUGUUACUUCACUUAAAAUACUGUUUUGAAAGCCUUAACAUGAGCCUUAUGAUGGCACAUCCAGGAGUCAUGUAUACCCUUUUCAAGGGUUAUUUGGAAUAUGCACAAUAUAUAAAUAUAUGUUAAUUAGCCUUAAAAAUUUUCUUUAUUUUGUUGUGAUUUGUCUUAAAAAUCUGUAAAAAAAAAAAAAAAAAAAAAAUUUAAAUAGUCAAUCAAUAGCUUUUACAGAGCUAAUUGAACUUUCCCUGUGAUACUUGCAUACAUUUUAUGUAUUAUAUACAUACUUUUGUAAUUAAACUUGCUUUGUUUAGAUACUAAAUAAAUUUAUCUUUUGUGA